AUGAAGUCCACCAUCUUCCUCGCCUUUCCGGCCCUGCUCGCUGCUGCCACCUCCCUCGUCGCGGCCGAGCAGCAGAAACCCAACUUUAUCCUCUUUCUCACGGAUGACCAGGAUUUGCACUACGACUCUCUGAACUACUUGCCCAACAUCCAGAAGACGCUUCUGCAGCAGGGCACCGAGUUCACACGCUACUACACUACCACUGCUAUGUGCUGUCCUUCGCGCGUCUCGCUGUGGUCCGGCAAGUUUGCCCACAACCACAACGUCACCGAUGAGAGCCCUCCGCACGGCUCGUACACCAAGUUCAUUAGCCAAAAGGUUGAUGACAGCUACCUCCCCCUUUGGCUGCAGAACGCCGGCUACCGCAACCACUACAUUGGCAAGUUCAUCAACGGUGUCAGCACCACUCUCCACCAAGCCCCCAAGGGAUGGGAUCACUGGGAACCCCUCGUCGCUCCCAACAUCUACCUGUUCAACGACCCCAUCUUCUCCCUGAACAACGGACCCUUGGAGCGCCUGACUGGUCAGUACCAGACCGAUGUCAUCUCCAACAAGUCGAUUGCCCUGAUCGACCAACUCGCUGCCAACUCGACCCAGCCCUUCCUGUUCGUCAUCUCCCCCACGGCCCCUCAUCAGGAGGUUUACUUCACCCCGAACGGCACCAUCUUCACUCCCCCUGUCCCCGCCGAGCGUCACCGCAACCUGUUCAACGACGUCAAGGUUCCUCGUCGCCCCAACUUCAAUCCCGCCGUCCAGGACAAGGUCUCCUGGGUCCAGAAUCUCCCUCUUCUCACCGACCAGCAGAUUGAUGACCUGGACGAGCUUUACCGCAACCGUCUCCGUUCUCUCCAGGCCACCGAUGAGCUCGUUGCUCGUGUGAUUGACCGUCUCGAAGCCAACGGCCAGCUCGACAACACUUACUUGAUCUAUACCACCGACAAUGGCUAUCAUCUGGGUGCCCAUCGCCUGUAUGCUGGCAAGCAAACUCCUUACGAGGAAGACAUCAACAUCCCCUUCAUCAUCCGUGGCCCCGGAGUUGCCAAGAACCAGCAGCGCGAUGCUGUCUCUACCCACACGCACUUUGCCGCCACCGUCCUGAGACUUGCCGGUCUCCCCAUUCCAGAUGAUCUGGACGCCGCGUCCAUCCCUGUUCUCGAGAGUGACUACACCCACCAUGACAAGUGCGGCCCCACCUUUGCCGACCUCCAUUCGCCCGAGGCGUUUGAUGUCGAGUUUUGGAGCGAUGCCUUCAUCGAGAACUCCACCUACGUCGUGCCUCCUCACACCAACGCCUACAAGUCUGUUCGCCUGCACGGCAAGGAUUACGAUCUGCUUUACUCCACCUGGUGCACUGGCGAGCACGAGUUCUACGAUAUGAGAAAGGACCCGUACCAGCUCACCAACGCCUUCAACCAGACCAGCCCUCAGCUCCUGAAUCGCCUUGAUGCUCUUUUGAACGUCCUCCGAACCUGCAAGGGAAAGACUUGCCGGCAGCCCUGGUCGACUAUCCAGCCCAGCGCCGAUCCUCCUGUUCGCAGCUUGACUGACGCCCUCAAUGCCACUUAUGACCAGUUCUACGCCAGCCUGCCCAAGUUCACCUUUGGCACCUGCCUCAACUACUACCUCGCACCCAACGAGUACGCCAUCCUUUCUUAGAGUGACAUGCGCCUUCCGCACAGACUGCGCCGCCGUGUCCAGUACAAGAUAUUGCACAGGUCUCCCAACUUUGGGCGUCCCUACUUGGGGCUUCUCUUCCAUAGCUUGAAAACGACUGACAUCCGGUGCCGAUGCCUGACUGGCUCGGCUUUUGGUCGAUAAACUCUUGGCUCUAUUUGCAAUACAC